UCAUCCAAUACAACUUGGAUUAGGCGUAUAAAACCAUAGUUGGGCUCUUAAAGUCUUUUUCUCAAACCAAAUCUUCUGGCUUCAUGGGAGAUUAUAAUUUCUCAAACACCCCCAGUUUAUAGAUUCAAGUUUAUUUCCAUUCCUCUUAAGCUUAAAAUGUGUGUUUUUAUGCAGCACGUCGCCUUCAAAUUCAAACCUUCGGACAUUAAGAGUACAGGAGACACGGCUCAGCCGCAGCCUUGGUUCCUCCUCAGAUACGUCCUGAUGAAGGGAUCCAUGAGACCGUUAUUUCAGGGGAGGCUCGGCUGCCAAAGAGGAAGCAACAGCUCACAUUGUUAGAGACCGAGCGGAGGACUGCCGCUCCCCAGUGAUCCUGUAGCCAUGCCAACUUUUACAACCCUCAGAGCAAACAGGAGUCCUGGGAGAAGCUGCUGAGUUUGCCGGCAUAUAGACCGACUUCCACCUCGCUCUGUGGGAGAGACCGGGCGGCAGAGAUGGUUCUCCGGCGGGAUCUUCUCCUGACGUUUACCUUGCUGUUGAAGACCGGCCUGGUUCACGGAUGUUUCUGUCCGGCAGCGACCGUCUUGUCCCAGUCUCCCUCCGAGGUUCCCGCGGACGCCUGCUGCUUGAACUACUCCGGCUCUGACCUCGGCCUGCUGCACUGGUCUGUGUUCACCAACGGGACCGACGUACAGACCCUGCACCUUUCCAACUGUAACAUCAGCGUGAUCGACGUCAACGGCGAGCAAGCCUCCGCGCUGCGCAGGGUUUACUUGGAUGGAAACAGACUGAAGGCCUUGCCGGAGCAGUUCCUGGCGCGCCAGCCCAGUCUGACCGAGGUGGACCUGAGUGAAAACCUCCUUCAGGAGCUUCCCAACGGCUUCCUCCAGGACUCUGUUAGCCUCCAGAGGCUUGAUCUGCAGGGCAACCAGCUGCGUUCCCUCCCCGGUGAGCUGUUUCAGAUGCCCAGUCUUCAAAGACUGGAGCUGGAUGGGAACCUCUGGGAAUGCUCCUGUUUGUUCCUGGAAAGGCUGGAGGAGGGCAGGCGGGCUAACAGGACCACCGGGCUGGAGGAUCUUGUGGGGAACCUGACGUGCUCCUCCCCUCGCCACCUGGCCGGGAGGACCGUGUGGUCGCUGAGGAUCAGUGACGUUUGCCGCCCGGCCGGCCUCACGGCGCUCUUCAUCGUGCUGCCCCUGCUCAUCCUCUCCGCCUUGCUGCUCUGCUGGUGCUGCGGGAGGAAAAGGAAGAAAAAGGAGACGCUCGCCUUCAGCUCCUCCAAAAAGAGGACUUCCGGCUUCGGUUACAACAACCACAAGCAGCACAACAAACAGCAGCCUGCGGACGGCGAGCAGGGCAAAGCCGCCGACUGUGGGAAAGAGGGCAUCCUGAAGAACCAGCUGCUGCUUCGACCGGCGUCGGCACUCCUGGGCAGCACUCGGGACAUCUACGAAGAGGUGGAGAUCAAGCUCAGCUCAGUGGAGUCUCUUCCCAGAGCCUCCUGCUCCGGCCCUGUGGAGGGGAGGCAGGGGUGCCAGGGGCCCGACGGGGCCAGCAAGACGGAGCUGGACACGGUCAGCGUGACGGAAGUGCUGAAAGACUCGGCGGACCGGGAGAAGGCCUACCUGACUCAGUCCACUGAGUACUACAGCCUGGUGCCGGGGAUCGAGCUGGAGGACUCGGACCACGGCGAAUAUGAGAACGUGAAUCUGUCAUGACACCGCUGAAAAAAAGACUUGAACAGUUUGAAGAGAUAUGUUAAAGUUUACAGACAGGCUUUUUACCUUCAUAGGCAUGAAUGUCAUAUUGACUUUGGACUCUUAAGGAUUAAUUUCGCCCGUUUUUUUUCGGGCUAAAAUGCAUUCAUUUACCUCUAACUAAUAUUUGGAUACUUAGUGUGUGUAUCUUUAUCACACACAUCUUAUACAUUUAUGACAUGCCGCUUAGUUUCUUGGCACAUGAAUGUUUGGUAGCAACCCUGUCACAUUAGAGUUUGAAUUUUAAAAGGCUUUCAAUACGUAACAAAGAUUAUUUUCAAUGCAAUGAUACCAUAGACCUUUUUUCCCCCUGUCAGACUGAACUUCUUAAAUUUGGUGACAGCAACAAGAAAUAUGUUUGAAUGAGUCCAGGUGAGGGUUUCAAAUAUGACAACACCAUCAGCUGUCAAGCAUGGUGGUGGCGGCUUUUGGGGGUGUCUCGCUAAUGGUGACAUAAAGUGGAUGAAAUAGUAAACGUCUUCAGCUUUAUUUCAAAUCACCAGAUAUAUGUUUGAAACAUGGACAUGAUUGGAUGUACCAAUAAGGAAAUGGUCCCAAAUUAUAUCAGAACCGGUUUUGGGAUACAUAAAGCAGGCUAGUGUUAAGCUUCUGGAAUGGGGCUGAGCUCAACCAUAUAGAAAAUCUGUGAAAUAUUAAAAGGUGGAUCUGCAGCAGAACACAAAUUUAAAUGUGAUCUACCAAUUCUGGUAAAGACGAGUUGAUUUAGCCAAAAUUAUGUCAUAAACUACUGUUGGCUACAAAAAGAACGUGGUUAAGGUGGAGCUUGCUAAGGGGCAUUUAUCCAAAUUUUAUUGGGGUGGAUGUACAUAUUUAAGUCUGUGUGAAUAAUUUGGACUUUGAGUUUAUUUGAGAAAAGCAAUGAGCUCGAACUUGUGCCGCCUGUUCUUAAUCGUAGAAUUCCUUAACGUUUACGGUAUAAUUAAUUCCCAAUGUUGAAAUUAAUCAUUAAAGAGCAAAAUUAGCAAGACACUAGUAGCCUUGACGAGUGUAUUACAACUUCAAACAGCAACUAUAAAUAUAAGACACAUUAUUUCAUUAAAGUUACAGCCAAAUCACGUGAUCAUAAGCUAGAAACAAACCAAAAAAGAAGGUUCUACUCUUCACAUUGUAAACACUACUUGAAAUAUUUGAUUAAAAACAAAACAAAUCAUCACUAUGAAGACAAUACUAUAAUUUUUUAAAAGAUGGUAAAGAAUGGUAACCAACAGACAUUCAGGUUUAUAAGACAUUUAUGUCUUGAGCUAAAAUGUCUCUUCUACUGGAGUUUCACGUUAAGCUAACAGUUAGCAUUGACGCUAACUGAAAAUUAUCUUCGACAAUGCAGAUUUGAUUUAACAUUUAUGUGUUUGAAAAAUACUUAUUUGAGGAGAACUCUCUCAACAUUAUGAGAAUACAGAAAAGGGAUUUACAAUUUUGGGUCCAAGUUGCUUUAAUUAGCCAAAACUUUUUUUCUUUCUUUUUUUUUUAUUAGUCAAUUAGCCAAACUUGAGUCUGGCUCCAGCCAGGUAACAAACCGAGCGAAUCACAAGUGCCCAUUAGGUUAAAAGGAAAUACAUACAGCCCUUAAACCUUCCCUGUGGUAAAGGUUUUGUGCAAAUCUGUUUUUUAAAUUUAGGAGUAAUCUAGCUAGAAACCCUGCAUUAGCAUUAGCAUUAGCAUAAUUUGGUUAUAAAUAUAAGCUCACAGAAGCUCUCCAGCAAAGAGGAUAUUUUUAUUACAAUUGAAGCUAAUAAAAUUUUGUGAACUCUGCAACUAAGGGAAACAAAAAUAAAUGUUUUACUUAUUCUUGUUUAUUUACCACCUGGCAUUAGCAUCUCAGCAAAGCUAGCUAGUAUACUAACUAUAGCUACUGUAGGCUGCAUGCAAAGUAAAACAUUAAAGUCCCAUUCUGUCUUUUCUGUUUUUACACUGUUUUUACACUGGUUUAAGGUUUGCGUUGGACAUAGUAUCCAGAAACGUUUUUAAUUGGGGCUUUAUCUUUUCCAAAUGAGUGAUUAUGGUGGAAUCCGUAGUGUGCUAUUUUGUACACUUGAGUCUGGUUUUAAAUAAUUAUAGAACAUUGUAAAUACAAUAUAAUGCAUCUGUUAAGAACCUAUCAUUGAAAUUAGGUUUACUUUCUUUUAACUUUGACUAUUUGAUUUCUGGUUUUACAAAAAAAAAAAAAAAAAUAGAAGCACAAUCGUAAUUCUUCAUACAAUUGAUGCAAUGGAAUUAGAAGUAAAUAAACUGUACAUUUCUUUAAUUAAGCUGUCCUUAAACUCUUGGACACCUUGUUGUACUGUGCUUAAGUUAAAACACUAAUUUCAACAGUUGAGUUUUUGUAGGAUUUUAAUGCUCAAUAAUGAAUAUUUUUGACUGAACAUUUUGUUAAUAUGUUUGAACUAACCAUAUUCUCUCAAUAGAUGAGAGGGGGGUUGCUAAAACGGGUAAAGGAAAUGCCAGGUCACAAUGCCACACUAAAACAAACAUUGUUGACAUUUAACAGCUCCCUGCUGGACAAUCCAAGAUUUUCAUGUUUAAUUUUAAGGGCUACAAAUGUUUAAAGUAGGGCACUGUAACCAGCAUCCCAAGGGCCACACAUGGUCCCUUGUCCCUUCAGGAUGACUCUUGAUAACAAAUGUUAUAUAGUAAUAAAAAGGUUUUUUUUUU